AUGGCCAUAGGCGAGGGUGAACGCCCCAUGCUCAUCCUGAAAAUUUUGAAAAGCUCCCGUUAUAUUAUAAUAUUCUCCCGUCAUCUUGAAAUAGCUUCUUUGCGUGAAUGGUUAAACUUCCCCGCCCCUUACUCAGGAGUAAAGGUUAAAGGCUUGACAGUUGGUCGGAUUCUAAGUAGCCGUGGACACCGAGGCGCAUCUCCAAAUAUAAGCAGGACCCACAUCAGACCCAUGUACUUGCGGAAUUAG